CUACCAAGGCGCUGCCCUUGCGCGUACUACUAUCAUACCAAACGAACGAACGAUUUCAAAGCGUGUGGACUGUGAUAUUUAAUAUAUUAUAAUUUAAUUAUAACGAAAAAUAUAAUAAUUAAAUACAGUUAUUAAAAUGGGUGUCAUUGAAGGGGAGGUAUCGGCGCCUAAGCCUGAUAAACUUAUAGGGAUGCGUCACAUUGUAGUGUUUCUUCUCUUCUUGGCAACGACAAUCUCCUACGCUACAAGGGUCAGCAUGAGUGUGACCAUCCUCGGAAUGACUAAAGCCAAUCAAUACGGCUUUCCUGUCUUCGAUUGGAGUCAAAGUAUCAAGGAUAUGAUACUCUCGUCUUUCUUCUGGGGAUACAUCAUACUGCAGAUCCCAGCUGGUAUGCUGACGGGACGAUUCGGUGGCAGGCUGCUUAUUUUCGUUUCCAUGGCUGCCACUGGUCUUCUAAACCUUAUCGUUCCAUUUACUGCGAAUGUGGGAGAUUGGAAGGCAGUAAUCGGGUGCAGAAUAGCAAUGGGUCUAUUUCAAGGUUUACUUUACCCGAGUCUUCAUGGUCUGUUAGGUCAAUGGGCACCGAUCACAGAAAGGAGUCGAAUGGGCACUAUCGUAUACUCAGGUGCUAUAUUAGGUACAAUUAUCGAAAUGACGAUUGCUGGAGUGUUAUCUGAUAGUCAGUGGGGCUGGCCUUCGGUGUUCUAUGUGGCUGGUGUGACCUGCCUGGGCUGGUCCGUUCUCUGGUUCAUAUUUGGCGCUUCAAAUCCUGGUGAAAGCAAAUGGAUCACAAAGGAAGAAAUGAAAUACGUACAAUGUAAUACUGGUCCUACAGAUGCAAAUGAACAAAAGAAAAUGCCAGUACCUUGGAAAGGUAUUUGGACAUCUUUACCGUUCUGGUCGAUUUUGCUCGCUCACAGUGGACAAAGUCUUGGUUUUUGGACUUUGCUAACUGAAAUGCCCUCAUACAUGGACCAAGUUCUAGGUGUCGAUAUAAAGAGUAGCGGUUAUCUAUCAGCACUGCCAUACGUCGCCAUGUAUAUACUCAGUUUUAUAUUCAGCUGGACCGCUGAUUUCCUCGUAAAUAGAAAUCUCGCUUCUCUUGCCACGACGCGGAAAAUCUUUAACACCAUUGCUUUUUGGGGUCCGGCUAUAGCUCUCUUGGGUCUGUCGUACAUUCCAACUGGUAAUAUACCUUUAGCUGUAGCAUUGCUUUGUGUCACAGUGGGACUAAACGGUGCUCAUUACGUUGGUUUCUUGAUCUCCCAUAUCGACUUGUCACCAAACUUUGCCAGCACUUUGAUGGGAAUCACUAAUGGCUGUGGUAACAUCUUCUCUAUCAUGGCACCAUUAAGUGUAUCUGUUGUAGUUCAAGACGAGAAAAACGCAGCGGACUGGAGAAAAGUGUUCUUCAUAUCGGUUGCAUUUUAUUUCCUGAGUAACCUGUUCUUUAUUCUCUUCAUGUCCGGAAAAGUUCAGGACUGGAACGAGCCUAAACCAACAACUACAAUAGAGGAUGGGGUUAAGUCUAAAAAGAAAAGCAUUAAGAAGAAGGAAACGACAGGAGAACACAAAUUCUGAGUGUUGAGGAUACCGUGCUGCGAACGUUAAUAAAACUAGUCAUGAUUGUUCAACUUGCGUGCUUAGAGUAUUGUGAUAAUUCAGUGUUAGUGAUAACUUGACUAAUUUAGUGUAAAACCCAUUCCAAUGGCAGGAGGAGUAAAGAUACGUAAACAUCCUUGACCUUAACUUGACGUGACGUCAUUGGUCGACAUCUAAAUGGUAGUUUUGAAGGUCAGCGAAGUUGCUAUCGGUUCUUUGCAAGUAAUAGUAAAGCAGACAUAAGUAGUUAAAUGGAAAAGUGUUGUGUUGUAAAUAAAUAUAUAUAUUAAUUCUUAAUUAAUAUGCUAUUUGUAGUGGAUAAAAUAUCGAAGUUAUUAGCAAAUCGCAUGCAAUAUGUAAAUCUAAGGUUUGUUUAUCUUUAUUUCAUCUGUCAUUGGAAUAUAGUGUAGUUUAUAUAUUUAUAUUAUAAUAUAUUUAUAUUAUAAAGUUGGAGAGAUUGUAUGAUUGAAUGCGCUUACCAUCUCAGGAACUAUUAGUUUGAUUGAAAAAAAUAUUUUCGCUUUAGAUUCCUUUAUAUGUUAUAUAAUAAUUAUAGUGAAGUCAAUAUAAGCAUUAAGCAAACAUAAGCAUUCUGUUGCUGGGCUAGAGCGCUGAUCCGCCCAACAUCCGCCAACCCUGGACGGUCACCGUGGUCUCUCGCCUCGGCCCGGAAGCGGUACACCUCUGCGAGCACCUCCGCCUGGAGUUCCCAGGAAGAUGGUCCUACCUAGCCUCCGUUUUUAGGUCUUACUAAUAGGACUACUCUCGAAGAAAGCGCCAAGAUUGUGAUAAGAAGUAUGCGAAUAGCUCAAACUACAUUAUUUGAGACUUUUUUGAAUUCAAAAAUUGCAUUUAAUGAUCGUUCACAGUUUACCACGUAUUUAAAAAACAUUCCAUGUUUGGUUAUAUUCGCACGUAUUUCUGCGUAUGUAGUUGUAAGAACAAGUGCGCAACAGGUAUUCCAUACAACUAUAUCCAUUAUAAUAUUAUAGCGAUCGGACAAAUUAAACUGUCCGUUUUAUAGGUCUUGUGUACGGUGUGAACAUAACCUAAAGUAGCGUUACAAACGAUCCUUUUGACCUUCCGCAUGGAUGUGCAAUUAAUUGUAAAAUAACUUUUUAAUUUAUAUUAUUAUUUAAAAGCAAUUAAUUUUAAUGUAAGCUCAUAUAUAUAUAUAUUUUAAUUCCACGUCACCAAAGACAUGUGAUGUUUUAAAUGUAAAUAAAAAUUGUAUAUUUAAAUUAUGUAAUUUAUUUUUUUAAAUAAUUUAUGGAAUAUUUAUUAUAGAUUUAAUUUUAAUUUACACUAAGACAAUGAUAUUUUUAGUGAAAUAAAUAUUAUUUGUUUCUUUACUUGAAAAUAUUUUUUUAUCUAAAUAUUGUUUUUGCAACUACUA